AUGAAAAAAUUGAACCGGUCAAUAAUUGCACUUAAUAUGGUAGUUUUAGUUAUUGGUGGGUUAUUUAAUUUAGGCAUCUCUGGAGAGUUUAAAAAAUGUGAACUCGAAAUGGGAUCAAACAUGGAUAAAAUAAGUUGCCUAACGGAAAAAAUUAAUACAAACAUUUAUACAAGAAGAAUAGGUAAUGAUUAUGAGAAUUUUCAAUUAAAAGAGGAGAAAGAAGAAAGCCAAAAUAAAGUCACGGAAAGUACUGAAUUGAUAAGAGUUAAUAUCAGUCAGGAUAUUAUACAGGUUUUGAGGGUGAAUUGGGAGCUGGGGAAUGAAAGUCUUAAAAUAAAUAUUCAUUGGGUGCUUUUGUUAUUAAUAUUAAAAGUGGAAAAAUACAAAGAAAGACCUAAAGAAAUGAGACAACUUAAUGAUUAUAAUGAUUGUUUGAUUUUUAUUAAAAACCAUCACAAGUUGCUGUUAAAAAGCAAUUUAUUAAGGGAAGAGAAAAUUCAAUCAACACAAAGAGCUUGUGUAGCAUUAUUUGAUAAUUUGUUCAAGAUAAAAAGCAAAUGGAACAACAUAAGUUCAGAGGAAUAUCUUAACCUAUCUAAAAAAAUUACAUCUUCUCAACUUUAUGUUAAGUGGAUGGAAUUAUUUAAGGUUGACCCUCCGCGUUCUCAGUGGCUUAUUUUGAGAAAGUUAGCAAUCAAUCAAUUUGAUGAAAUUUUAAGAUUGUUGAAAAUUUUAACAAAAAAUAUAAAAGAGUAUAAAUCAAUUGAAAAUAUUCUCAUUGAGUUCAUGACCCAGUUUAACAGCUACUACGAAGAUUACGAAUUAAAUGAGAAAAUAAAAAAAAAAGAAAUGAACAAAUAUCUAAAAGAUAGUAAUUCCAAAAGUUUUCAGGAUACAAUUAACAUGAUUGAAAUUGGAUUGAAAAAGAGAAAUAAAAAAAAGAAUAAAAGGAAUUUCCUGAUUUACCUUCCAGAUGAAAUGCCAGAUCUUUAUGUAUAUCAUCAUCAAGUGAAUACAUGUGUAUUGAAUUUAAGUAUAAUGUCUUUAUUUCCAGAACUAAGGGUUUUUUUCUAUGAUAUAUUUAAAAGAAACCCAACAUAUUAUUUAUUUCACAGGAAGUCUAUUACUAUUAGCAGGAAGACUUUGUUGAGGUCAAAUCAGUUGUGUAAUAUAAUGCUUGAGCUAACUAAAAGGUUGGAAAGAUCUUAUUAUUUAUUAAAUAUCAAACAAAAAAAGUUUUUACAUUCUCAAGACAUAGAAGAAAAAUCGAAUUCUACUUUUCCAUUCAUUGAGAAUUUUAAUUUAAAUAAUUAUGUCCUUAAAAAAGGCCUGCUUAAGCCAUUGCCAUUUCAUUCAUAUUAUUAUUCAUCACCAUUAGACACUGAAAUCCAAACUCUAUUUACAAAUUGGUUUUUUAAUAGUAAAUUUGAUAAACAAAGUUUGAUUAAGUCACUUAAGGAUUAUACAAAACAAGUGAAAAAAAAGCACAAGGAUUUGUUUUUAAAUGCAAAACUUGAUCUAAUAAAAAAAUUGAUUUCUGAAGAUGAGGAAACUUUAAAGGCUGAUAUAUCAAAGGAGGAGAAAAAGAUCAAAGAUGGAUUGUUUUUACUUUAUUUUCACAAAAGAGCUAACAAAUUAAAAAAUAAUACACAUAAAAUGAUAGAACAUCUAAAUUUAUUGGAAAGUAUCUCUGGAGAUGGAAAACUUAUUCAAUUUAUUGACCAGGAAGAUCCUUCUCCAAGCGUAUUUUCUUUAAUUCCACUAUUAUAUUUAAAUUCCAAGAUUUGGAGUGUCCAGAAGUUUUUAUAUAAAUACCCUGUUUCAGUUAAAGUAAGUUUAGAGAAGCUUGUGGAUUUAUCAGAAACUAUAAAAAUUGGUGAGAAAAGGCUUGGUGAUAUUAAAGUUGGAGAUAUCUCAACUUGUAUUAAAGUUACUACUAUUUUUUGGAAAAAUCAAGCAAUUAAAUUAAAUAAUCGAAAUUUUAGGAUAAUUGAUUCGGACAAUUUGUCAGAAUUGUAUGAAAAAAGUGACAACUUGACUGAAAUUUACAUGGAUUAUGCAACAUUAUAUUUAAUUUGUGUAAAGUCAGUUUCACAAAGUUUAAUUUAUUACAGAAGAAUUCUUAAAUACUAUUUUGAAGAUAACUUUGAUAAUUACUGGAAAUUAAAUAUGUUACUCGAUAUGAACAAUGAAGACAGUUCUAAUAGUUUCCAAUACAUUAAUAAAAAGAACAUUAAUCUUCAUUCUCUUCCAAAUGAUUAUAUUAUGCCAAUAUUAACAAAAGGAGUCUAUAUUUCAAUUCUGAGUGCCUACUUAUUAUUGACGGUGGGAGCAAUAUGUAUUCAAUCAUUAAUAACAAUAAUAUUUUAA